UCCUCAAAACAUUUGUAUAGACAUGGCAAAAGGAUGGUUACGUUUUUGUUAGCCUAAUAAAUACAGAUCUACAAAGAGGACAUAAAUCAUGGGCUUUACAGGGUGCGAAACAUGCCUCCUACCCAGAAAAUAAACAGCUUCCUAGGAAUUACACUCUUUAAGACGGUUAUAAUGCUUUGACCAUAAUUCACUGGAUUUCCCAUCUUAAAUUCUGUACCACCCCCCUCCUCUCUUCCCCAUUCACUCCAAUCUCUUUCUCUCUCUCUCAUUUGCACGCACACACAAACACGUACUGGGCAGAGAGUUCAGCUGCGGGAACUAACGAAACGAAAUGGGGAAUGCAUGUAGGUUUUCGGCUACUUUCUUUCUUCUUGUUUUAGUUGCCUCUGUAGCUCGGGGGGAUCCUCUUGUUCCAGCACUAAUCAUCUUUGGAGACUCAGUUGUUGACGUGGGUAACAACAAUAACCUCACUACACUCAUCAAGGCAAACUUCCUUCCUUAUGGAAGAGAUUAUGUUACUCACAGACCAACUGGAAGAUUCUGUAAUGGGAAGCUAGCAACAGACUUCACAGCUGAAUACCUAGGCUUCACCACAUACCCACCAGCUUACCUUAGCCCAGAUGCCAGCGGAAGAAACAUCCUAACUGGAGCCAACUUUGCCUCAGCUGCUUCUGGCCUUUAUGACGGGACAGCCCAGUCAUAUAGUGCCAUUUCUUUGACCAGGCAGUUGAGCUACUACAGGGAUUACCAAAUGAAAGUUGUGAACAUGGCUGGACAAGCCAGGGCCAAUGACAUAUUCUCCGGUGCUAUCCAUCUCUUGAGUGCAGGGAGCAGUGAUUUUAUUCAGAAUUAUUACAUCAACCCAGUCCUUAGAGGACUAUACUCAGUUGAUCGGUUCUCAGACCUUCUCAUGAGUUCCUACUCUAGUUUUAUUCAGAGUCUCUAUGGACUUGGAGCAAGAAGGAUUGGAGUGACAUCCCUACCCCCAACAGGGUGUUUGCCCGCAGCUAUCACCCUCUUUGGAGCAGGAAGCAACCAGUGUGUCGAGAGGCUAAACCAAGACGCUAUUUUGUUCAACGACAAACUAAACAGCACCUCCCAAGGCCUGGUGCAAAAACUUCCUGGCCUCAAACUUGUGGUCUUUGAUAUUUACAAGCCUCUCUUGGAUAUGAUCAGGAAGCCAAGUGAAAAUGGUUUCUUUGAGUCGAGAAGGGCUUGCUGUGGUACAGGUACAUUAGAGACCUCACUGCUCUGCAAUAAUCGGUCUGUAGGAACAUGCUCCAAUGCCACAGAGUAUGUGUUCUGGGAUGGAUUCCAUCCCUCUGAAGCUGCUAACCAGGUCUUGGCUGGUGAUCUCCUUGAACAGGGAUUCGACCUCAUCUCUUAAGAGCUACCUGCACCUACUCCCUCCCACCGCAGCUAAAACAAUUUAAUUACUGCUAGUACACUCCUUAAUUGAAAAUUUUAGUAUCAGAGGCUUGUAAUUAAUAUAAGAGGUACUUUGCAAGUCAUCUGGCAGUCUCAUCGCACAGGAUGGCCAUGUAAAACCUCGUUUGCAAAUAUCCGCAAGAGAUAUUUAUCAUCACUUCAAUAAGAUGAUUAUGUUUGUCAUGGCUC